GGGACAGUUUUGUGUACAGCGUUGUUCCUUGUUCCUGCUAUAGUUACACAAAUUUUUAUUGGUUAACAAUAAUUAAUAAAGCGUCAUUAUGAGCAAAGCACAUCCCCCAGAACUAAAAAAAUACAUGGACAAGAAGCUGUCACUUAAAUUGAAUGGUGGAAGACAUGUCAUUGGAAUUCUUCGGGGAUUUGAUCCAUUCAUGAACAUGGUUAUUGAUGAAACUGUUGAGGAAUGCAAGGAUGGAACCAAGAAUAAUAUCGGGAUGGUGGUGAUACGAGGUAACAGUGUCAUAAUGCUGGAGGCUUUGGAUAGAAUAUAAUAGCUGGCACAAAGAUUAUUACUGAAAGGUUAUAAUAAUGAAUAAAUGAAUGUCUUUGUUGUAAUGCCA